UUUUAUUAUCAGUUGGCUUUGGUUAUCAUGAGAAUGAGAAUUUACCUUCUCAGCCAAAGGCAAGCAUUGAAAUAAUACAUAGAAAGCCUGGAAGAGGUGUGUUGGGGUGUCUUUUAUACCCUAUCAACUGCAAAUUAAGAGGAUUACAGGUGUAUCUGGCUUGUAACCUGCCUGGAGAGGAUCCUGCGUGCUAAUAGUGCAGAGGGAGCCUUGCUACGUGCCCACUAAGAACCCGCCAGCAGGAGGCUGAUCAUUCUACUUCUUGCGGCCACAAUGCUGACUGCCCGCCUCUCUAGACUCCUGUCCAAGCUCCCAGGGAAAACCCUGAGUUUCUCUGAUAGAGAAAAUGGAACAAGGCGCACACUGCUGUUUUACCCAGCCCCCUUCGCCCCUGUGGGUUGUCGUACUUAUGCCGAUGCAGUGAACCCGGUUGGUAGCAAAGCUGUCCUGGUCACUGGCUGUGACUCUGGAUUUGGGUUCUCCUUGGCCAAACAUCUGCACUCAAAAGGCUUCCUUGUGUUUGCUGGUUGCUUGAUGAAGGACAAAGGGGAUGUUGGAGUCAAGGAACUGGACAGCUUGAAGAGUGAUAGACUGAGAACCGUUCAGCUCAAUGUCUGCAAAAGUGAGGAGGUGGAGAAAGUGGUGGAGAUUGUCUGCUCGAGCCUGGAGGACCCUGAGAAAGGCAUGUGGGGCCUGGUUAACAACGCAGGCAUCUCAUCGUUCGGGGAGGUGGAGUUCACCAGCAUGGAGACCUACAAGGAAGUGGCGGAAGUGAACCUCUGGGGCACAGUGCGGGUGACGAAAUCCUUUCUCCCCCUCAUCCGAAGGGCCAAAGGCCGCGUGGUCAACAUCAGCAGCAUGCUAGGCCGCAUGGCCAAUCCAGCCCGCUCCCCGUACUGCAUCACCAAGUUCGGCGUGGAGGCUUUCUCUGACUGCCUGCGCUAUGAGAUGCAUCCUCUGGGUGUGAAAGUCUGUGUGGUGGAACCCGGCAACUUCAUCGCUGCCACCAGCCUCUACAGCCCUGAGCGCAUCCAGGCCAUUGCCAAUAAGAUGUGGGAUGAGCUGCCUGAGGUGGUGCGCAAGGACUAUGGCAAGAAGUACUUUGAUGAGAAGAUUGCCACCAUGGAGACCUACUGCAACAGUGGCUCCACUGACACGUCCCCUGUCAUCAACGCUGUCACCCAUGCCCUAACUGCUGCCAAACCCUACACCCGCUACCAUCCCAUGGACUACUACUGGUGGCUGCGAAUGCAGAUCAUGACCCAUUUGCCUGGAGCGAUUUCUGACAGGAUCUAUAUACAUUGAAGAGUUUCCAGCUGGCCUCUGUUGGGAGCCCUGGUGGGACGGAUGCGAAGGGAGGGAGGGAUGGAGGGAGGAAGGAGCUUGUAAUGAAGUCACCUCUUCAUUACCCACUUGUGGAUUGUCUACCAUCCCAGGAGGACCUCACUACCAGUUUUAGUGCCAACUGGAGGGGGCACCCAGCCUGGGCCUCCUCAGUAGGGUUUUAGAGUGGUGGGCAGGGCCCCUAAACCUCAGGGCAAACAUGUUGCAUCUAUCUUUCUGGAGUUGAUUUCAUACCAAGAUUUUUGGGAACCAUCUUUAUAUUAAAAGCAGAUUUAUUAUAAAAUAGAA